GGGGAAGCUGGGCCGGUAUCCUCCAUGGCCAGGAAAGAUUGUUAAUCCACCUAAAGAUCUGAAGAAACCCCGUGGGAAAAAGUGCUUCUUUGUGAAGUUUUUUGGAACGGAAGAUCAUGCUUGGAUCAAAGUGGAGCAGCUGAAGCCUUAUCACCCUCACAAAGAGGAAAUGAUAAAGAUUAACAAGGGUAAGCGCUUCCAGCAAGCUGUGGAUGCUGUAGAGGAGUUUCUUAGAAAAACCAAAGGCAAGGACCAGGCGUCUUCCCAUAACUCCAAUGAGGAGAAGAAUCGGCGUAAUUCCAGUGAAGAAAGAGGCAAGCAAUCCGCUGGCGAAGAGAAACGCAAAGCCAGUUUGUCUGAAGGGAAGUUGAAGAAGGGCACAGGGGAAGGAAAAAAGAGGGUCUCUUCCGUAUCGUCAGAGAGAGGAUCAAAAUCACCUUUGAAAAGAGCCCAGGAUCAGAGCCCCCGAAAGCGGGGGCGUCCACCCAAGGAUGAGAAGGACCUCACAAUUCCAGAGUCAAGUACAGUGAAGAGAGUGAUGACUGGAACAGUUGCUGGAUUUAAAUGGCCACCAAGCGUCAGUGAGAGCCAGACAGAGAAGCCAGCUGUCUGCUAUCAAGCCAUCACAAAAAAGCUGAAGGUUUGUGAAGAGGAAACAGGAUCCACUUCCAUCCAGGCAGCAGACAGUACAGCAGUCAAUGGCAGUAUCACGCCUACAGACAAAAAGAUAGGAUUUCUGGGACUUGGCCUGAUGGGAAGUGGCAUUGUCUCUAACUUACUGAAGAUGGGUCACACUGUCACUGUCUGGAACCGGACUGCUGAGAAGUGUGAUUUGUUCAUCCAGGAGGGAGCACGGCUGGGAAGAACCCCUGCUGAAGUUGUCUCCACCUGUGAUAUCACCUUUGCCUGUGUAUCAGAUCCGAAAGCAGCAAAGGAUCUGGUGCUUGGUCCGAGUGGAGUGUUGCAGGGGAUUCGCCCGGGGAAGUGUUACGUGGAUAUGUCCACUGUGGAUGCAGAUACAGUCACAGAGUUGGCCCAGGUGAUAGUGUCCCGGGGUGGUCGCUUUUUGGAAGCACCGGUCUCAGGAAAUCAGCAGCUCUCUAAUGAUGGGAUGCUUGUGAUCCUGGCAGCUGGCGACAGGGGUUUAUAUGAGGACUGCAGUAGCUGUUUCCAGGCGAUGGGGAAGACCUCUUUUUUUCUAGGUGAAGUAGGCAAUGCUGCCAAGAUGAUGCUGAUUGUGAACAUGGUCCAAGGCAGCUUCAUGGCAACGAUAGCAGAAGGACUGACUUUGGCUCAAGUGACUGGCCAGUCCCAACAGACCCUUCUGGAUAUCCUCAAUCAGGGACAACUUGCCAGCAUCUUCCUGGACCAGAAGUGCCAAAAUAUCUUGCAAGGAAACUUUAAACCUGAUUUCUACCUGAAAUACAUACAGAAGGAUCUUAGAUUAGCUAUUGCACUGGGCGAUUCUGUCAAUCACCCAACUCCCAUGGCAGCUGCUGCCAAUGAGGUCUAUAAACGAGCAAAAGCAUUGGACCAAUCAGACAACGACAUGUCUGCAGUGUACAGGGCCUACAUCCACUAGGCUGCACCGUUCUUACUGUUAAUACUAUGAUUAUUGAUUAAUAUUAUUAUGAUACUGGGUUUUAACUCUGGACCAGUCCAUCUCUGUCUCUCCAUUUCCUUUUAUACACAGACUUUUGAGAUCUGCCACGGAGGCAGCUGCUGCGGUGAGCCUUCCCCUGGUGGCAGAAGGGGGGGAGGAGGGGGCUCGGAUUGUUGCAGUCUAAAUAGAAAAAUCCAUGCCAUGCACUGACAGUCAUGGAACAGAACAGUGGCGGCUUGUUCAGAAGCUCUGAGGCAACUCUGCCAGAAAUCUGCUGCUUGGCUGCUUUUAUUUUCCUCUUUGUAUGCUUGUCCAAGAUGCUGUUUCUAACGA